CUUCCAAAGUCACAAACAUGUCUUUCAGGACCGCCGUUUUCCUCGCCCUGAUGGUAGGCACAUUUGCUGAAUCUGGCCCAGGAUACAGUCCUCCUGACCCAUCUUACCACGCCCCUGCACCAGCUCCCUCGGGACCAGCACAGUACGACUUCAACUAUGCUGUGCAAGAUAACAUCGGAAACGACUUCGGUCACCAAGAAAGCCGAAAUGGAUAUGACACUCAGGGUACCUACUACGUCCAGCUCCCCGACGGCCGUCUGCAGAAGGUAACCUACACUGUGAACGGCGACUCCGGCUUCAUAGCUGAUGUUGCCUACCAGGGAGAGGCCCAGUAUCCUGCCCAAUCCUACCAACCUGCUCCCACCCCUGCAUACGGCUAAUUUCACCAUUGGGAUCAAUAAAAUUUUCAGUUUUAUUUCACUUUUUUAU